AUGGGCUACGACUUUGAUACGCUUUCCGAAUGUUCGGACUUGAGUUCUGUCCCCUCAUCUCGGGCAUCCUCACCAGAACCUGCGGAACGCUACCCGACCCCGUCCUCCCAAGCUGAAUCUGGCGCUGAGGGUUCUGCACGCCAAGCCCGUCCCGCAAAGAGGAGACGAAACCCCCUACCGAAGGAACGGACCACCCAAUAUCUCGAUCUAUCUAAAUGUCUCUACGAACAAAAUGACCAGCACAACCUGCUCGUCCAAACUCUUCGCCACCAGAAGGAUAUUGUCGUCAUCGCUGGUGCGGGCAUUUCUACUGCCGCCGGUAUCCCGGACUUCCGUUCCACUGAUGGUCUGUUCAAAUCUUUACAGAAGAAGCAUAAUUUGAAGGCUUCUGGCAAGCUCCUCUUCGAUGCUGCUGUCUACCAAGAUGACGCAUUGACCCUACCGUUCCACGAAAUGGUCCGGUCGCUGUCCCAGGAAGCUGCCAAGACCAAACCCACCGCCUUCCAUGAGAUGCUCGCUCGGCUAGGUACCGAGUCUCGUCUGAAACGACUGUACACCCAGAAUAUUGAUGGCAUUGAAACCUCUAUGGGUCCCUUGGCCACCGAGGUCCCGCUCAACGUCAAGGGCCAAUGGCCCGUGACGAUCCAAUUGCACGGCAGUAUUGAGAAAAUGGUUUGCCAGAAGUGUUGCUUCCUGUGUGACUUCAACGGCGACAUGUUCACAGAAGCAGAUCCGCCCGCUUGCACUAAAUGCGAGGAGACCGACACGGUUCGCCUCAUUGGGGGUUACCGGAGCCACGGAAUAGGACGUAUGCGCCCUCGCAUCGUUCUCUACAACGAACACAACCCCGACGAAGAGGCUAUUACAUCAGUUAUGAACUCAGAUAUAAAGUCCCGCCCUCGUGUUCUCGUCGUUGCUGGUACCAGCUUAAAGAUUCCCGGAGUUCGUCGCCUCGUCAAGAGCAUGUGUGCCAUGAUUCGGAGUCGCAAGGAUGGCGUGACAAUGUUUAUUAAUAACGAACCACCAAGUGGAAAGGAAUUCGAUGACUGCUUUGACUUGAUCGUUCAGGGUUCCUGUGAUGAAGUUGCACGCCAGGUGAACCUGAAGUCAUGGACCUCAGAUGAUAUUAGCGAGUGCGCAUACGAAUCCUCUCCAGAGCCAAUCCCCCAACUCUCCAGUUCCCUACAUGCACCCACUAUGGAGUCCUUCGCAGUUGUCGUUACGCCGAAAAAGCGACCUCGGACCGACUCUGGUCUUAUCACACCUUCAUCCGAUCAGGACGAGAAACCCGCGAAAAGAGCAGCCACAAAGGCCGCCAAGAAGGUCACAAACCCAGCCAGCAAGGGUCGCAGCAUCACGGAACUUCUCAAAUCGCAGAAGGCGGCUCCAGCAAAGGCUGUACCAAAGACUGCAGCGAGGAGUGCACCCAAGCCUGCGCCAAAGGUUGCCUCCAAAGCUGCUCCCAAACCCCGGAGCAAGGUCGCAGCCGCUGCUCCAAAGAAGGGAGCCAAGGCACCUGCCAAACCCAACGCUUCUAUCACCUCGUUCACCCGAGUCACAAAGACUUCAAUCAAGGCUGCCACAACCAAUAUCAAGACCGGCAAAGCAAUGCGCCCCGUCCCCGCUGGUGCGCCAAAGAACAACGGUCCCAUCACCAAAGUCACCAGACAAUCCGGCAAAGCAGGCCAACUCGACACAGAGCCUCGUCCUCAGCCUGUGGUAUCCUCCUAA